AUGUUCACAACUCCCGCUCCCUCCGCCCCGACGCUCUCGACCACCACCUCGCCCGCCUCGCCCACUUCUCCGACCCGCACGGGCAGACUCCGUGGGCUCAGCUAUCUGCGCAGCUACACCCACCUCCACUCCUCGAGCGAUCGAUCUUCCGCGGGAAGCAGCGGCCACAUUCGACGCCCUUCGCUCGUCCGCACGCGAUCGACCCCGAGCGCGAACACUUCGCUCUCCUCCUCCAGCACCGACACUACCCCGAGCGCCGACCUGCCCUCACACUCCCGCCACGCCCCCGUCAACGCCGCCGCCGACACUCCUGGUGCCACAAGCGGCUGGGUACCCACCGUCGUGGGUCGAAGUGGCCUGUCCCGUGUCGCAUCCUCUGCAGAACCUUCCACCACCUCCGCUACAUCGCCACGGCCCGCAUCAAUGACUCGCACUCGCGCUGAAUCAGCCGCUCCCUCCUUGGGCGUCUCCCACCAUGGCUCCGAUGCGGUGACCGAAGCGUCCACACCCCAUAAGCAACUACCAUCUAUACGUUUUAUUCCGCAUGAAGACCCCAGAGCCUCGCGCCCAAGUUUGCAAUUCCCGCCCAUUUCAAGGACGCUGCCAAGCGAGGAUUGCGUCAUACGUGUUGGCCGCUACUCUGAAAAGGAUAACAUCCCGAACGACCUCCCUCCCAAUCUUCCGUCGUCCGCUCCUGUUGGGUUCAAGUCAAAAGUAGUGUCCCGCAGGCACUGCGAAUUCUGGUGCAAGGACGGCCAAUGGUGGAUUAAGGAUGUCAAGUCAAGCUCCGGAACCUUCCUCAACCACAUCAGGCUGUCUCAGCCUGGUGUGGAGAGCAAACCCUACAAGGUUGGGGACGGUGAUGUUGUCCAGCUUGGAAUUGAUUUUAGAGGUGGCGAAGAGAUGAUUUUCCGUUGUGUUAAGAUUCGCAUUGAGUGCAAUCGCAACUGGCAGAAGGCGCUGAACAACUUCAACAAAUCCACGCACAAGCGCUUGCGUGACCUCGCCCAAGGCGCCAAGUCCAAAGACUCGGACUCUUCCAGUCUUCACUCCACUGACUGCAGCAUUUGCCUGAUGUCAAUUCGUCCCUGCCAGGCCCUCUUCGUUGCGCCUUGCUCUCAUGUCUGGCAUUAUAAAUGCAUUGCGAGAAUCAUCAACGGCCCGACCUAUCCGCAGUUCAUGUGCCCGAACUGCCGUAUGGUAAACGAUCUGGAAGCGGACGUCAGCGAACCCGAAGACUGGGAUGACGAUUUAGAUGAGGUGCUCGAAGAAAAAUUCGAAGAGAAGCUCGCAACUGCCUCGAACCCGAUCCUCAACGGCACCCCAAGGAAUGCGGAAACCGAAACUGAUGGCACCAGUACGCCACGUGCCACUGCCUCAAUUCAAAGCGGAUUGACCAGCGGCAGUGAGGCACUUGCAGCCUCAAUAGGCGACGCAAGGAUUGAAGAGGAGGAUCUGGCUGCCGGCAUGGCCGGCGUCUCUCUUACUGCGGAUAUCGGCCCGCCUUCAGACCAGGAGCAAUCAUCUGACACGGGUCUUCAUACACCUCCUGACGAUGAUUCUCUGGCGGAGUCAGUUACGUCUCCAUCAGCCAAUGUUGAGCCUGUUCCCAUAACGGUGACUGGGUCUAGUGGAUCGUCGGCCUCAACACCUUUUGGAGAGAGCGCACAUCUGGCUGCACCAGCUCCGUCUAAUCAGUACGCAUUAAGCCCUACUCCGCCUGUCCCCGGCCCAGAAUGUCCCAUGACCCCGCGGAACAACGCCGGCCCUUUCGUUUUGGAUGGUGCUGGCGGCAGAGACCGUCGGGGUACUUCUGAAGAUGGUCUGACUGAUAGCGUUGAAAAUAGGGUCAGCAACAGUCCAUCGCCUGAUGCGGCGUAA